AUGGUGUUUAAGGGGAGAUUUUUCUCUUCCAAAAAGUCAGAUGCUUCCAGCCCAGGUGGAUCCUCGAACAGUCCCCGAUCUUUCGGGUCUAAAUCCAAUUCCCCGAUCCGAUCCGAUAAGAAGAAGUCCAAGUCUUCUUCACCAUCCAUUUCCAAGGACAACUCCCCGAGCACCCCAACCGUCAGCACCAGCAAAAAUUCAAUUAACAAAAAAGACUCUAAAGGGAAAGAUGCACUGGUUUUGAGUAAACCCAGUUCGGAAAUAUCGUCUUCAUUUGCUCCUGCCAAGUUGAAAAAACCGGACGAGGCCGCUGGACAGGAAACGGGGCCCAACUCGGUGUCUGUGUCGCCGAUAGUUGCAUCGUCGCUGGGGUUGAACAAGAUAAAGACGCGAUCGGGGCCAUUGCCGCAGGAGAGUUUCUUUAGUUUUAACAGCAGAGAAAAGGGGGUUCCUUUGGGUUCCAGUAAGUUGUCAAAGCCAUGCGGCCGUGGUGUUGGUGGCGGUAGUGAUGGGAGUUCUGGCGGGAAGAAGGAGAAAUUAUUGGUGGAGGCUGCUGAUAAUAGGAGCAAUUUGGAUAUGUCAACUGAGACCGGGCGGCCAUGGGACCGGAGCCCAAAUGUAGUCAAGGCUCAGGCCCGGUCACGGCUCGAAAAUGAGGAGUCGUCUUCUGAAGCUGCUGGGCGUUUUGAUUCAUCAUGGCCUCAAUCCGGAGAACUGACAAGUUCAAAUAUGCAGACUCCAGAAAUGAAGACAUCAUAUGAAUGUGACAACCCAAAGGAGUCUGAAUCUCCCCGCUUUCAAGCUAUACUCCGAGUUACCAGUGCGCCUAGGAAGAGGUUUCCUGGUGAUAUCAAAAGUUUCUCUCAUGAAUUGAAUUCCAAAGGUGUACGACCUUACCCAUUUUGGAAGCCUCGAGGUUUAAAUAAUUUGGAGGAGGUUUUGACUAUGAUACGGACUAAAUUUGACAAAGCAAAGGAAGAAGUGGAUUCAGAUCUGCACAUUUUUGCUGCAGAUCUGGUUGGAACUCUGGAAAAAAAUACAGAAAGCCAUCCAGAAUGGCAGGAAACUUUAGAGGACUUGCUGGUUUUGGCUCGGAGCUGUGUCAUGAUGUCUUCUGGAGAAUUUUGGCUUCAAUGCGAAGGCAUAGUUCAAGAUUUGGAUGAUAGGCGUCAGGAACUUCCUAUGGGCAUGCUAAAGAAGCUUCAUACUCGAAUGCUUUUUAUACUCACCAGGUGCACAAGAUUGUUGCAGUUCCACAAGGAAAGUGGGUUGGCUGAAGAUGAACCUGUUUUUCAAAUCCCCCAGUAUCUUCAGCCUGCAGAAAAACGUGAUGGGAAGAUUUCUAGUGAUGCAAAAUCCUCCCACAUUCCCCCCACAAGGAAAUCUUAUAGUCAAGAGCAACAUGGCUUGGAGUGGAAGAGAGACCAUACUGUACAUGAAAAUUUGCUAUCUUCACCUGUUGAAACCACAAAGAACUUGGAUCCUUCUGUCAGUAGGAAUAGGAUGGCUUCGUGGAAGAAAUUUCCAUCUCCUACUGGGAAGGUACCCAAAGAUAAUAUCGUUGCUUCAGUUAAGGAGGAACAGAAUGAUAAAAUUGUGGAAGCCCCAAAAAUAUUAUAUAACACAAGAGAAAUCCAUGUUGCUGAUCUUGCUACUGCUAAAGCUUUUGAGCCUCCUGCAAAAGAUUUCCAUGUACAGCCUUCGAUGCCUUCUAAGCACCAACGUAAAGUUUCAUCGGGCAACUGGGGUGAUCAACCCAGUGUUUCUGAUGAAAGUUCAAUAAUUUGUCGCAUUUGUGAGGAGGAGGUUCCUACUUUGCACGUGGAAGAUCACUCUAGAAUUUGUGCAGUUGCUGAUCGAUGUGAUAAGAAGGGUCUUAGCGUCAAUGAUCGCCUAGUAAGAAUUGCUGAAACUCUUGAGAAGCUGAUGGAGUCUAAUUCAAAGGACUUCCAACAUGUUGGGAGCCCUGAUGGUGCCAAAGUUUCAAAUUCGAGUAUGACUGAAGAAUCCGAUCUUCUUUCUCCAAAACUCAGUGACUGGUCUCGUAGAGGCUCAGAAGACUUGCUAGAUUGUUUUCCGGAAGCAGAUAAUUUUGUCUUCAUGGAAGAUAUGAAGGGUUUACCUUCCAUGUCGUGUAAAACUCGCUUUGGUCCAAAGUCUGAUCAAGGAAUGACGACAUCAUCUGCUGGCAGCAUGACUCCUAGGUCACCAUUGAUGACACCAAAGAUGAGCCAGAUAGACUUGCUUUUGUCAGCAAAAGGUGCUUACUCUGAGCAUGGUGAUCUUCCUCAGAUGAAUGAACUUGCUGAUAUUGCUCGAUGUGUAGCAAAUGCCCCGCUGGAUCAUGAUAACUCUUUGUUAUAUCUGCUUUCUUGCCUUGAAGACUUGAAAGUUGUCAUAGACCGCAGAAAAUUUGACUCGCUCACGGUGGAAACUUUUGGAGCACGAAUAGAAAAAUUGAUCAGAGAGAAAUAUUUGCAACUAUGUGAACUAGUGGAUGACGACAAGGUUGAUAUCACAAGCACAAUAAUUGAAGAAGAUGCUCCUUUAGAAGAUGAUGCUGUACGCAGUUUGCGAACUAGCCCUGUACAUCCUGCCAAAGACCGGACUUCAAUAGAUGACUUUGAGAUUAUAAAGCCAAUUAGUCGUGGGGCAUUUGGACGGGUUUUCUUGGCAAAGAAGAGAACUACAGGGGAUCUGUUUGCAAUCAAGGUUCUCAAAAAGGCGGAUAUGAUCCGCAAGAAUGCAGUUGAGAGUAUUUUGGCUGAACGGGAUAUAUUAAUAUCAGUUCGCAAUCCUUUCGUGGUUCGCUUCUUCUAUUCAUUCACGUGUCGUGAAAACUUGUAUCUUGUGAUGGAGUACUUGAAUGGUGGAGAUCUUUAUUCAUUAUUGAGAAAUCUCGGUUGUUUAGAUGAAGAUGUUGCUCGUGUAUAUAUCGCUGAAGUUGUGCUUGCUCUGGAAUAUUUGCAUUCUCUGCGUGUGGUUCAUCGUGAUCUGAAGCCUGAUAAUUUGUUGAUUGCCCAUGAUGGUCAUAUUAAGUUGACAGAUUUUGGGCUAUCUAAAGUUGGUCUAAUCAACAGCACUGACGAUUUAUCUGGCCCUGUGGUCAGUGAAACAUCCCUAAUGGAAGAAGAUGAGCCACAAUUGUCUGCAUCCGAGCAUCAGGAAAGGCGUAAACAACGCUCUGCUGUUGGUACACCAGACUAUUUGGCACCCGAGAUUCUUCUAGGAACUGGGCAUGGAUAUACCGCCGAUUGGUGGUCUGUGGGUAUUAUUCUAUUUGAGUUGAUUGUUGGCAUUCCACCGUUCAAUGCAGAUCAUCCUCAGAAAAUUUUUGAUAAUAUUCUCAACCGCAAUAUUCCUUGGCCUCGGGUCCCUGAAGAAAUGAGUCAUGAAGCACAUGAUCUGAUUGAUCAAUUACUGACAGAAGAUCCCAAUCAGAGACUCGGAGCUAGAGGAGCCUCAGAGGUGAAGCAGCAUUCAUUUUUCAGAGAUAUUAGCUGGGAUACACUUGCUAGACAGAAGGUUAAGACUCUCUCCCACAAUUCAAUGUGCUCUGAUGUGCAGAAAAUAUUUCCUUUUCCUAGAUCAAUUGGUAUUAUCGUAUAUCGCGUGGUUGGCUAA